AUGGAGGGCCGGCAUAGGUCAUCAGGAUGUACAGACUUUGACAGAGAAGAGCUCUACGAGUCCGAGGAGGACAAGAAGAUGCUUCUUGAGAUGCCAGAAACAAAGAGAGAGGAAAUACUGUACAAAAGACACAUAGAGCUUCAAAGAUUCAAGGAGAAGAAGGAGUUGGAGGAAAGGAUGCAAGGACUGCAGAAGAAAACACCUUCUGAGGCUAAGGAGGACAUUUCAAGGACGGACGAUUUCGCUGAAUUUUCACAGUGCAUAGUGAGUAGAGACAUGAUUGCAAGAAACGUGUUCAAGCCAUUUUUCGAUGAAUUCAUUGGGCACUUCACGAGGGCAAGAAUCAAUGGGCUGUAUCUUGUUGUCAAGAUAGUCGGUGUGGGAAAAGGUAGUACAUACAGCCUCUGGAUGGGCAGAAAAGAGGUCAAAACAAACAGGUAUCUGGAUGUUUCUACAGGAACCAGAACAUACAAAGGCUUUAGGAUCGAGAAUAUCAGCAACUCGCCUCUGCUGAGAGAAGAGUAUGAGGAUGUGUGGAGGUCUUUCAAGGUAGGCUCGAUAGCUAAGGUCAAGGAGGACUACGACAAGCUUGUCAAGACUAUGGGCAGGAGGCUGAGUGACGAGGAGAUAAGUAAGAUGGUUGCCUGCAAGGAUGAAGUGCAUCCGAAGAGAAGAAAUGUUAUCCAUUUCAAGAUAGAGCUGAUCCAGAAGAGAGAUAGGGCGAUAGAACUUAAGGAUAAAAAGGCGGCAAUGGAAUAUCAAAGGAUGAUCGAGGAGAUAGAGGAUAAUGAAGGAGCUAGGGUGCACAAUGUAAAUGGCGGGAGGCCUCUGUGA